AUGUCUACUGAUGAUUAUUUAAUCGCUUCUGUUCUCUUCCUGAGAACACAAAUUAAUCGUCAUGGAGGUUUAUUAAUGAUGAUAAUUGGUACUACUGGUAAUUUACUCAAUAUCUGUGUCCUUGGUGAACGAACUAUUCGUGACAAUCCAUGUUCAAUUUAUCUUUGGUGGUCUUCUCUUUUUAGUAUUGUUUUCAUAUGGUCAGGACUAAUAACACGAAUACUUGAAGGCUAUGACAUUAAUUGGCCAAACCAGACUCAACCUGUGUGUAAAGCUCGUCUUUUCAUACUAACGGUAUGUUGGUCAGUAGCAACAUGGGCUUUGGUUGGCGCUAGUAUUGAUCGAUUCCUCGGUAGCAGUGAAUCAGUCACUUAUCGAUCGUUGAGUACUAUUCGAAUGGCAAGACGUUUUUUAAUUAUUAUAAUACUCAUUUCUAUUCUUAUAUUUGGUGAAAUUUUCUAUUGCUACGAAGCAAAUGUUCCAAAUGUUCCUGUACCUUGUUAUAUCAACAGUUUAACAUGUCAAUUAUACAAUAAUUGGAUGAAUAUUUUAUAUAAUAUUGUAAUACCAAGUAGUCUCAUGGCUGUUUUUGGCAUUUUGACAAUAGUCAAUGUUCGAAAACGAAUUGUUCAUCCAGCCCGAUCAACAACUAUAGCUGUUGGGAUUCAUCAAACAAAUCGUCAACCACGAUUGAGAAAAAUUGAUCGACAUCUUCGAAAAAUAUUAUUAGUUCAGGUCUGUUUUAAAUCGUUCUCUUUUUGA